UAUAAGCGAGACGGUUGAAAGCGAUUCGCCAUUUUUUCUCCAGGUCGGAAAGAAACGAAUUUGUUGAUGAAAAAAAGGACAGGAUAUUGAAAGAAUAACUAUGGCUAGAAAGCUCAUCUUUUUGGUCGUGCUAGCAACUUUGGCGUUAAUCGCUGUUCGUGCAGAAGAUGACUUCAAGGAAAUAGACGAUGCAGAAAAGAAAUACAUGGAAUCAAAGGAUGACUUCAAGGAAAUAGAUGAUGCAGAAGAGAAAUACGUGGAAUCAAAGGUUGAAGACGACGAGGAAAGCGAGGCUCGAGCACCAAGGAGAUUUCGCUUUGGAAGAUUCGGUGGAAAAAGAUACGGUGGAAGUAGAUCAUCGAUUGGUACUCGAUCAUCAUCAUCAGGAUUUUUCAGAAGAACACGUACUUCGAGUGGAACCAGCAGAGGUGGAUGGUUUAGAAGAACUCGUAGUACCGGUGGAUCCAGUAGUACCAGAGGCGGGUGGUUUAGAAGAACUCGUAGUACCGGUGGAUCCAGUAGUACCAGAGGCGGCUUCAGAUUUGGGAAUAGAGCCAGUAGAAGUGGAACUCGCAGUGGCGGAUUUUUCAGAAGAGCACGUACUUCGAGUCGAACCAGCAGAGGUGGCUUCAGAUUUGGGAAUAGAGCCAGUAGAAGUGGAACUCGCAGUGGCGGUUUCAGGUUUGGUCGAAGAUCACGCAACGGCGCAGGUGGCUCAAGCAGAAGACGCUUUACAUCCAGGAGAACGAGACAAACCACAGGGGGUGGAUCCACUGGGACAAAUGGUGGAGGUGGAAGCGGAAUUGGUGCGUGGCAGAAACUGGGCACCAUCAUAGAUCUGGCCCAGUUGGGAGCCGGAGUUGCCAAUACAGUUCUACAACAAAUGUCAAACGUGGAACGCAAAAUUGUUAUAUCUCUUGGAAACGUCGAGGGAGCUUCCUGGCAAGGCGGUACGGCUUACAUGAAAGAAGGUUCUCUAAUCAAAGUCCUCCCCCCUAACGUGCCGGUUGAAGAGGGUGUCCUCAUGGGAGGAGUGAAAAAGCCGGGUCCUUCGGCGACAGGGGUGUCAGGAGCGUUCUGCUACGGCUUUGAAGAGGCGCCCGAAUCGUUCUGUGUUAUGUUUAAACUGCCCUGGAGUGGUGAGAAUCAGUGGAAUGUAAAGGUCUACCCUGAGCAAAAGCAAGCAAGCGAGUCGGUUUACAAUGACCUUCAAAAAGAUGCGAUCAAGGCGAGCCAGCCCAUAACAAAGAAAGUUAUUUACACUGGCGAUGGAUACCAGUUCUUCAUCAGAGAUGCCUCCAUGACAAAUUCCGGACAGGCAAACUUGCAGUUCAGCUUUGGUAUUGAGAGUUAAGACCCAGAACCACGCAAGAACGGGAGGACUUUAGCUGCUUUAGAAUGGAUUAGAAAAACUAGGGAAAUCUAAGCUCUCUUAUAUCAGUUUACAAUGGUAUUGUAGUAAAAAAAAUCAUAGUUCU